CGUCUUUUAUCCAGGAUGUGCGUGGCGCACCACACUAACAACAUUUCCACCCUUCGUGUUCCAGGUGGCGCCGGCUGCUGCGGCCUGUGCUGGCGCGGGGGCGGCCUCCGCAAGUACGUGUUCCUGUGCGCCGCGUGCGGAGGCGCGUCCGCGCUGCUCGGCGUCCUGUUCCUCGCCGUCUACUUCAUCCUGCGCUCCUACACCUCCUCGCUCGUCUACUUCGAGACGGUGCCCACCUACAUCCCCGCCUCCAUGCUGCUGUCCACGGGGCUGGUCGUCAUGUGUCUGGCGCGGAGGAGGAACCGAUACUCGUUUCUCAUGAAGCUGUGUGGCUGCGCCUGCCUGGCGAGCGCGGCUCUAUGCGUCCUGGUGACGGUGGCCACCACCGUGGUGCACAUGAGCCGGCUGCAGUCGCUGAGCCAGUGCCACUACGUGCUGCGCACCCAGACCUGCACCUGCUACUCGGCCCUGGUGGACGCCACGGCCACCGACGCCACGGAGGAGGGCGCGCGCUACGUCUUCAACGCCAUCCCGGACUGCGACGUGAUCCACGGCGCCCUCUACUCGUGCCUGCGCGCCAUGUUCGGCCUCUCGGUCGUCGGCAUCCUGGUCUGCAUCUUCUCCGGCAUGCUCGUCUACCAGCUCUUCAGUCAUGAGAAGAAGAAGAUGUACUGGGAACAGCUGGAGCUGCGCUACCGGCACCUGUACCGGCGGCAGCAAACACAGCCUGCUGGCCAGGCGCUGGGCCAGGCGCUGACACACACCGUGCUCUCGCACCACUGCGGCAGCUGCAGCUGCUGCGACGACUGCCGGGACCUGCACACGCCGCCGCCCUCCAUCCCGUGGGAGUUCAUGGACAGCCGUUACUGGGCGCCCGGCCGCGUCGGCAACCUGUACUCGCCAAACCCCGAGGACCACCACCAGGCGCCGCCUCGGCCCGGCGCGGGGCAGCGCGCCACCCGCUCGGCCUCCAACACGUCCAACAGCGCGUGGAGCUGGAGGCGGCUGCCCUGGGGACGGUCCGCCGUGGGCGGCGCGACCGUGGGCGCGGGCCCGUCCCGCCACCCGAGCGACGGUGGCCACGGAGGCGCGCUGUGCAUCCGGCAGCAGAAUCCCACCAGCCCCGACAGCCAGUACGGGUUCAGCGCCUCGCACACGCCGCACAUGCCUGGGCUAGGGCCCCACCACCUGGGCAGGGACCCGGGCCUGGGGCCGUACCUCCUGUCGCAGGUGUACCCCGCGCCGCAGCCGCACCCGCGGCCCUUCGCCGCCGGACCUACGCACGCCGACGCCAUGGGGCUGCCGUCGGGCAUGCCCCUACCGCUGGCCGUGCCCAUGCCCCUGUCCUUGGCCGACGACCUGGGAGACCUGGGCCCACAGUUCUACCUCUGGGGGCCGCCGCCGCCCUACAUGUCCAACCCGGCCUCGGCGGCCAACAGCCCGGCCCGUCGAGACCCGUCGCUACCCCAGUGCGCGGCGCCUGCCAGCCCCGAACAGUACCCGGUGCUGGUGCGCGGCAGCACCCAGAGGCUACACCGGUGCUCGGCUGCCGGCAGUGCAGCGGCCCCUGGCCCCGCGGCCCCGGCGGCUGACCGGCCGCUGUCCCCGGGCGAGGACGCCGCCAGCAGUUCGGCUCUGGACUCGCUGUCCAGCCCGGAGAAGACCGUGCCACGCAAGAAGAGAAAGAAGGCGGCUGACGGCGUCGCAGAACCCAGUGGGGACGCCGAGGCCGUGGUGCAGCCGGACUCGCCAGAGUCACCUACGCCGAGCCCCAGCGGGCUGCCCCCUGGCGGCGCGCAGGCCGUGCCGCAGGCCGCCCUCCCGGGUUUGCAUUGUGUGCGCAAGACCAAGAAGAGGACGGAUGCGCCCGUGGUGCCGGGCGCCGGCGCGCGCCACUCCGUGCACGGCACUCGGUACUCGCACCGAGCGAGAGCCUCGCCCAGGGCGCUCAACAGGCCACCCUCGGCCGACAGCUGCUGCGUGGAGCGGUCGUGCUGCGCGCGCCCCGGGGACAUGAGCGACGACGUGGACACGGAGGGCUACUCGUACCCGAGGCUCAAGUUUCCGCCGCCGGCCGCGCCCGCUUCUCUGCCAGCCCUGCCCGCCGCCACGGACAGCCAGGCCAUCCUCGCCGCCUUCGACAACCAGGCGUUCCAGGACGGUGCGUCCGAAGGUCCCGGGGCGGGCCCCAUGGGCUCCUCCAGCAACCCCAGCGGGGCUGUGAAGACGCUGACCCUCGGGCCGCAGGGCCCGCUCGUUUGCAAGAAGCGGCCCUCGGACCCGAACGAGUCGGAAGUGUAUUUUGGCGACGACUCGUCGUGCUGCAACGUCUCCGAGCAGCACUCGUCGCUCACCUACGAGGAGCCUGGGCAGCCCGGCGGCCACGAGCUUCGCGCCUUCAAGCUCGUCCACACUCACCCGCACUCACACCACGUGCAGCAGCGGAGCAUGGACGCCGCCCUGCCGAUGCGGCCCGUGUCUGUGCACAGGCCGAGCGCGUCGACGCUCUCUGACACCGCUGUGGUCGACCCCUCCUCUCACUACCACCUGCACCCCAUCGACACCGACCCCGCCGCCCCCAACCCCGCUGCCGUGAGGCAGCGCAUGCCCUUGCCCCUGCCCCACCAGCCGAGUCUCGCGCCCGACGCCCAGUACGAGUCGAUCGCGGACAGCAACGUGUACACGUACAUCAGUCCACUGUCCCUCGGGCCGUCGUCUCCCCCGACUGCUACUUCCACGCCCUCGCGGAGGUCGUUCAAGGCACUCUGCGACUCUCCCCGCGCUGCACCUGACCGGCCGGGGUCGUGCUCCGGGCCGUGUCCGUGCCCCGAGCAGACUUUAGACGACAAAGAGAACACCGCCAACGCGCAGAGGGAGAGCGAGGCGGCUGCUCACGCCUGCUUGGAUGAGCGGCCCGGGAUCGACGUGUAGUGUAGCGUCUCUGCGUUCAAAGGAAAAUCUUUGUACGUAGAUAGGGCGCUAUCAGAAUAAACUAAACCAAAGACAUGUCGGCGUCGUAGACUGUUAUGUCCGUCAUAUUUCAUUUAUCUGACUGAUCUGUUUAUUAACUAAAAAACAAAUACUUUUUGUUUUGUUUUUUAAAGCAUUUAUAUAAGUUUUAGCAUUGUAAUUCAAAUAGUUCUGAAAAUAUUUUUGUAUUGGUGUUGUGCUGCUUUAGCAUAACUCAUACAACUUGCUGCACUUUGUUCAUUGUGACUCUGUCUGUGAAGCCUGUAUUAAAAACGUGUUCCAGUCAAUUUAGAAUAAAUAUUGUCCUCAAAAAGCUUUAAAAUUGGGAACACCCUUGUGCAAAAUAGUGAUGAACAGUUAAACAAUUAUGUUA